UGCACGAAGCAGCCUGCACGGGCCAAAGCGGGUGCGAGAGCUGCUCCCCCGGCCGGGGCCUGACGGCAGCAUGAAGGCAGCCCUGGUCCUGCUGCUGCUGGUGGCUUGGGGUCAUGCCGAGCACCGAGGUAAAGCCUACGUCCGGGACAAAGUGUGUCAAGAGUACAAGACCAUGGGGAAAGACAACUUCCGAACCCUCACAAUCGUCACGAACAGCAUGAAGUUCUCCAACGCCACCUUCGAGGAGAUCAGCCACCUGGUGCGCGAAAUAGUCUCCCUGGCCGAAACCUGCUGCACCGAGGACGCCGACCCCUCGUGCUACGACGACGGGUCGUCGGCGCUGUCGGCCAAGUCCUGCGACGCCAGCUCGCCUUUCCCGCACCACGCCGAUGCGGGCGCCUGCUGCGUCCACACGGGCCUCGAGCGCAAGCUCUGCCUGGCCGCCCUGCACCACCCGCCCCGCGAGAUUCCCCGCUACGCGGAGCCGGCCGGCGACGAGGUCUGCGCCGACUUCGCCAAGGACCCCAAGGGCUUCGCUGACAGGUUCCUCUAUGAGUACGCCAGCAACUACGGCCAGGCCCCGCUGCCGGUGCUCCUGGGCUCUGCCAGGAGCUUCCUCUCCAUGGUCUCCACCUGCUGCAUCUCCCCAGCACCCACCGUCUGCUUCUUGAAAGAGAAACUGGAAAGAAAAACCCUCUCCCUGCUCACCCUCCUGUCAAACAGGGUUUGCUCCCGCUUUGCGGCGUACGGCAAGGACAAAAUAAAGUUCAGCUACCUAACAAUGUUUGCUCAGAAGAUACCAAGUGCUUCAUUUGAGGAAAUUUUCCCUCUAGCAGAAGACGCCGCCGAGGUGUUUGCCCAGUGCUGCGGCUCGAUGGCUGAAGACUGCAUGCAGAAGAAGCUGUCGGAGCACACCGCCAAAGUCUGCGGCGCGCUCUCGGCCAAAGACGAGAGGUUUGCCGGCUGCUGCCAGGGCAAGAACGUGAUGCAAAACUACUUCUGCAUCUCCUCCCUGAAACCGGCCAAGUCGCCCCAGCUGCCGGAGCUCCAGCAGCCGGCCAACGAGCACUUGUGCGGCGACGACGGGGGCCUGCACUCCCACAGGUACAUAUUCGAGCUGGCGCGGCGGCACCCCAGCGUCCCCGACGUCUUCCUCGGCAAGCUGUACGACGCCUCCAGAAAGGUCAUCGGGGAGUGCUGCGCCGCCGGGGACUCCUCCGCCUGCCUCGACGGCAAGAAACAGCAGAUGAGAGGCGAGAUCUCCGCCUUCCUGGCGAAGGCCGGCGAGCUGUGCGGCCGGUACGCCGAGCUGGAUUUCCUCGACUUCAAGAAGAGGCUGAAGGAGACCAUGGAGCAGAGCGCGCGCGGUGCCGGCCCCCAGCGCCUGACGGAGCUGGCGGAGAGGAAGGCCGCCUUCGCCUCCACCUGCUGCCCCGCCAACGCGCCGCCCCUCUACUGCGACCGGCAGGUCAGCGCCGAGAUGGGGCAGGCGUGCGAGCGCGGCUCCUGCCUGCUGCUCUAGGGGCGGCUACGCCCGAAGCCGAGGGGCGCCCCGAGCCGGGGAGCGGGCCGGCGGGAGUGUGGCGCGACCCGGCACGCACGGUGGCAAUAAAGACCUCGGCAGCGCCCCAGGCCCAAAGCCUGGACGUGGAAACGCU